AUGGACGUCGGUCUCAACAUCAUCGUUCUAAUCGUCCUUUACUCAACCCUAGCCAUUACCGGUCUUCUGGGAAAUAUUUGGGUGCUGAUCACCGUCUCUUCGCAAGUGCUUGGUUGUUGCAGUACAUCUACUCAUCGUGGGCGUGUUGUUAAACCGAACACACAAUCAUCGGCCUACAUAUACCUAUUGUUGCUUUCAGUAGUAGACUUAGUAUCUCUGAUUCCAGUGCCAAUGCUAGUCACUGAUUUACAAGAGAACGAGUUCAUAUUUGGCGUAGCGCUUUGUAAAGUGUUGUGGUUCAGUGAAGGCACGAAUAAGACGUUGUCACCGAUGAUCUUGACAGCGCUUUCGAUUGAUCGCUACAUUGCUGUAUGCAAACCAGCUCUGAUUUGGAUGCGUCAAACGAAAUUCGCCAUUUUCGUCGCCUCCAUCUGCAUUAUGGCUUCACUAUUAUUCAUUGCCCCGAUUACAGCACAUGCUAAAAUCGCCGACAUGGAGGACUUCAACGGUAUGGUGUACAGGAAAUGUACACUGGACGAAAAUUUCUGGUUUGAUCUCGUCCACACCUUGAUGUGUUACGUAGCACCUCUCAUACUCAUCUUUUCCGUGUACAUCGUGAUUCUCGCCAAGCUUUUCCGGCACACUCGAUAUUCGACUGUUGGCCGCAAGACCAGCAUCUCCCUUUCUAGAGUAGUAAAAUGCUCGGUGAUGGUAGUGGCCUUCUAUUUCAUCUGUUGGACUCCAUAUUGGACGAUGCGGAUACAGGCUCUAGCAAACGAAGCAGAGAAGAACGUGGGAGUAACAUCAUCGAACAACACAAACGUUGACGAAUUUGUCGAAGAUAUGGAUGAGUCAGCUACGCCGGUGAACGGCAUCUUUAUUAUGUAUCUGAUGCACUCACUUCCUUAUGCACAAAGCGCGUUCAACUGGUUGUUCUAUGCCUUUCUGAAUCGGAAUUUGCGAAAUUCAUCGGGGCGUUACAAUAAUGGCUUACGAUCAGUGCCGAUUACAAGCACUGUACUUGACAAUGGUCCGAGUUCAGCCAGCGGUCUCACCCCGCUGUGGAAGAAUCUGCAGCAAGUGGGAAGUCAGUUGAAAACAGUCAGUAUCGAUACCGGUAAUGCAUUACUACGAAUGUCUCCGUUUCGUACACGGUCGAGGAUUCAAUCCAGAAGCUCAACAUGUCUCGAUUCUAACUACUUGGAUCAAAUGAUACCUCCAUCAUCAUUGAUGAGCUCUUCGUUACUGGAUCUUCAACGAAGGGCAUCAACUACAUUGAUACCGCGCGAGGAGCCAUCAUUAAUUGGAAAAGCAUUGUCAUCAAGUGAUUUGCCGAUUUCCCAGGUUUUGAAUAGGUCUUGUGAACCGACGCCAUCGGUGGUGUCAGAAAGCUCAUCCGUAGAGUGGUUAUGA